CUGGCCCCAGGCUCAGACUGGCGGGACCUACCAAACAUUGAGGUGCGGCUCUCAGAUGGCACCUUGGCCAGGAAGCUGCGGUACAACUACCACGACAAGAAGAAUGGCUGCAGCAGCACCGGGGCCCUCCGUGGGGUCUGCUCCUGUGUGGAAGCGGGCAAAGCCUGUGACCCUGCGGCCAGGCAAUUCAAUACCCUCAUUCCCUGGUGCUUGCCCCACACCGGGAACAGGCACAACCACUAGGCUGGCCUCUAUGGACGGCUUGAGUGGGACGGCUUUUUCAGCACAACUGUCACCAACCCUGAGCCCAUGGGCAAGCAGGGCCGCGUGCUCCACCCGGAACAGCACCGUGUGGUGAGCGUGCGGGAGUGUGCCCGCUCCCAGGGCUUCCCCGACACCUACUGGCUGUUCAGCAACAUCCUGGACAAGCACCGGCAGGUGGGUAAUGCUGUGCCAUCACUGCUGGCCAAAGCCAUCGGCUUAGAGAUCAAGCGCUGUAUGUUGGCCAAAGCACGAGAGAGCGCCUCAGUUAAAGUCAAGGAAGAGACUACGAAGGACUAGUUUUGCCCUCCCAUCGCCCUUGUUUCUGGCACCAGGGAUCCCCAACGUGCACUGAUAUUGUACUUUUAACAUUUCAGUCUGUCAGUUCAAUGUGUUGUACACGGUGUUUGUGGCCUUGGCUGACAGUGAAACUGUUCUGUGAGGUUUGCUUAUCAACUAACUGACUUAGUGAUCAAACUGUGCAGUACUUUGUGCAUUCUGGAUUUUAAAGAUUUUUUA